AGUUUUCUUGGAAACCUUUUUGUUCCUGUUUGUGAGAUUGAUGUUGUUCUUAAUGAUGCUGAAACAAGAAAACCAGCAGAAAUCAAAACAGAAGAUGGUAAAGUAGAAAAAUAUUUUCUGUUCUACGAUGGAGAAUCUGUUUCAGGAAAGGUGAACGUCUCCCUUAAGCAUGGGAAGAGACUAGAGCACCAAGGAAUUAGAAUUGAAUUUGUAGGACAAAUUGAACUCUUCAAUGACAAAAGCAAUACCCAUGAAUUUGUGAACUUAGUGAAAGAACUGGCCUUACCUGGAGAACUGACCCAAAGCAGAAACUACGACUUCGAAUUCAUGCAGGUUGAAAAGCCAUAUGAGUCCUACAUCGGUGCCAACGUCAGACUGAGGUAUUUUCUGAAAGUCACAAUCGUGAGGCGGCUGUCAGACUUGGUGAAGGAAUAUGAUCUGAUUGUCCACCAGCUUGCUACAUACCCAGAUGUGAACAACUCCAUUAAAAUGGAAGUGGGCAUUGAAGACUGUCUCCAUAUAGAGUUUGAAUACAAUAAGUCCAAGUAUCACUUAAAGGAUGUGAUUGUUGGAAAAAUUUAUUUCCUCUUAGUGAGAAUAAAAAUUCAGCACAUGGAGUUGCAGCUGAUCAAAAAGGAGAUUACUGGAAUUGGACCCAGUACCACAACAGAGACUGAAACCAUUGCGAAGUACGAAAUAAUGGAUGGUGCACCAGUGAAAGGUGAAUCAAUUCCUAUAAGACUGUUCUUAGCAGGCUAUGACCCAACUCCUACAAUGAGGGAUGUGAACAAAAAAUUUUCAGUGAGGUACUUCUUAAAUCUUGUGCUCGUGGAUGAAGAAGACAGACGAUACUUCAAACAGCAGGAAAUAAUUUUAUGGAGAAAAGCACCUGAGAAGCUGAGGAAACAACGAACAAACUUUCACCAGCGAUUUGAAUCUCCAGAGUCACAAGCAUCUGCUGAGCAACCCGAAAUGUGAACUGGUACAGGGUGAAAAACUUUGCAAUGCUUCAGCAGGUUGAAGAUGGCAGCAGCCUGAGGGAAAAGGAGGCCAAAAUUCCCAUUACAACUGUCUUCAUCUUGCAGUGCUGCAUUUACCAUACUACUAAAGCAUUCUUCAGUUAAACGUUCAAGUAUGUAUAUACAUCCAAAAUAAAAGUGCUUUCCCAAACACUGGAA